UUCAGGCUCACACUAACAACCGCUCACGAGGCAGACUCACAACUCCACGGAGCACGGCUGGGAUAUUCGUGUUGAUACACCGUCGGGGAUGCCCAACAUGCUGCUGUCCCUGGUUAGUGUCAUUGUCACCUUGUGGGCCUCCCGGGCUCAUGGACAAGAAAUAACCUGUGAUCCUCCAGCUAUUGCUAACGGUCUCUACACACCUCUCAGGACCAAAUACAGACUGGGAAAUGUAAUCACAUACCGCUGUGACAAUGGCUUUUCUCCUUUAACCCGAAGAAAUAAGACAAGAUGCACUGAUGGAGGCUGGGCACCUCCUCCCAGAUGCAUCUUUAAGCCAUGUGAAUUUCCAAAAGUAAAGCAUGGGGACCUGUACUGGAUAGACAGAUAUAGAGGAUACUUCCCAGCUUCUGUGGGACAACGAUUGUACUAUACCUGUGAUGACAACUAUGUGACUCCUUUGGAAGGUAACUGGAGUCGCAUCACUUGCACACCACGUGGCUGGUUGCCUGAAGUGCCGUGCCUCCGAAAAUGUGUUUUCCGUUAUCUGGAGUAUGGAUAUUCUCUGAGAUAUGAACAAAACUAUUUACAGGGAGAAUCUAUAAGAGUUUUUUGCCUUCCUGGUUACAGUCUCCCAACCCAGCAGACUACCAUGACGUGUACGGAGAAUGGCUGGUUCCCUCCUCCCAAAUGCAUCCGUGUCGUGACAUGUUUGAAAUCGGAUAUAGAAAUUGAGAAUGGAUUUUUUUCUGAAUCUCAACUGGCAUACCCCUUACAUACAGAAACACAAUACAAGUGCAAACAAGGUUACUUAACAGAAGAGGGUCAGACAUCAGGAACGAUCACGUGUCUGCAGCGUGGAUGGUCCGCUCACCCCAGGUGCAUUAAAUCUUGUGAUAUGCCAGUGUUUGAGAAUGCCAGAGCCAGAAGUGGCAGCACAUGGUUUAAGGUCAAUGACAGGUUGGACUAUGAGUGCCAGGAUGGAUAUACAAAUGGAGAUGGACACACCACAAGCUUCAUAGUGUGUGGUCACAGUGGCUGGUCUGGUACACCCUCCUGUCACAAAAAAGAAUGCGUUGUUCCUGAUAUAGAACAAAACUUAAUUGCUCAGCCCCGGAAAGAGAAAUAUUUCAUUGGAGACGUGUUGAAAUUCUCCUGCAGACAAAGACUGAAACUUGUUGGACCAGAUUCAACUCAGUGUUACAACUUUGGGUGGUCACCAGAUCCUCCAACAUGUAAAGCGGAAGUGAAACCGUGUGGUCCACAUCCUCAGCUCCCCAAUGGGACAGCUACAAACACGCUGAAAAAAGAACAUGAGCACGGUGAAGUUGUGGAGUACGUCUGCAACCCCAGGUUUCUGCUGAAGGGUUCUCGGAAAACUCAGUGUGUUGAUGGGGAGUGGACAUCCUUGCCCCAGUGUAUCGAGGAGAACAGCACAUGUGAAGUCAUACCUCACAUCGUUCAUGGCUCCGUCUAUUCCCAGGAGCAUCCCUAUCACCAUGGAGAGUCCGUGACGUUCAGCUGCAGAGGAGGGUUCACAUUGGUGGGGCCCAGAUCAGUUACAUGUUUGAAGGGAAAAUGGACCCAACCACCUCAGUGCAUUGACACAGGUAACAUUAAGACAUGUAAAUUACCAAGGUCAAAUGAAUUUGAGCCACUCCAGUCAGAUAGGAUCGACUAUGACCAUAAUGAGCAAGUGAAUUACACGUGCCGAAGAAGGUCAGAGCAGAAGCACUCAGUCUGCAUCAAUGGAAGAUGGGAUCCCCAAAUGAACUGUGGAGAAAUACCAAGAUGUGCACCCCCACCUCAGAUUCCCAAAUCUCAAAAUAUGAUGACCACAGUGAAUUAUCAGGAAGGAGAAGCAAUCUCUAUUCUCUGUCAAGACAAUUCUCUGAUUCUGGAAGCAGGAGAUCUCGUGUGCCAGGGUGGAAUCUGGAAGUCAGUCCCACGCUGCAUAGGACUUCCUUGUGGACCACCACCUCUAAUUUCCAAUGGGGCUGCAUCAAACAGGAAAAACAGAUAUGAGUAUGGAGAAAAAUUUACGUACCACUGUGCCCGAGGAUUUUCACUUCAUGGGCCUGCAUCUGUGAUAUGUUCAGGAGGAAAAUGGAGCCCUCCCCCAGAGUGCAUAAAAACAACUUGUCCUUCCCCACCCAGCUUUGAUAAUGCCGAACCUAUAAAUGUAAACAAGAACAGAAAAGUAUAUCAGUCAGGAGAUGAAGUAGCUUACAGAUGUCGACAGCACUACCAAAUGGACGGAUCCAAUGUUGUUCGCUGUAUGACUGGCAGAUGGAUAGGGACACCCACAUGCAGAGAUAAUUCCUGUGGGAGUCCUCCCAUAGUCAAAAAUGCCACUAUACAAAACAGGAUGACUCGGUAUCAGUCUGGUGACAGAGUACGUUACAAAUGCAUGAAACCUUUGGACCUAUUUGGGGAUGUAGAGGUGACCUGUCUGAAUGGGAAAUGGACAGACCCACCUCAGUGCAAAGAGUCCAAAGGAAAAUGUGGGCGCCCUCCAACCAUUGACAAUGGGGACAUCACCACAUUCCCAUCAGCCGUCUAUGCUCCAGGAGACUCAGUGGAGUACAAAUGCCAGGCCUACUAUAAACUUCAGGGAAACAGGUUAAUAACAUGUCAUGAUGGAGAGUGGUCAGAACCACCCAAAUGUUUAGAGGCAUGUGUAAUAUCAGAAGAAAUGAUGGAAAAGUUUAACAUACGGUUAAAAUGGAGACAGAACAAAAAACUUUAUUCAGAAUCAGAUGAUAGUAUUGAGUUCACCUGCCGACCUGGGUAUCGUGCAAAGUCACCACCUUCCGCAUUCCGGGUAACGUGUCGGGCAGGAAAACUGACGUAUCCCACUUUGAACUCAACAAACCAGCUUCCUGGCAGUGCCCUGAAAUUCAGGCUCACACUAACAACCGCUCACGAGGCAGACUCACACCCCACAGAGCACGGCUGGGAUAUUCGUGUUGAUACACCCUCGGGGAUGUCCAACAUGCUGCUGUCCCUGGUCAGUUUCAUUGUCACCUUGUGGGCCUCCCGAGCUCAUGGACAAGUCACAUGUUUAAAGUCGGAUAUAGAAGUUGAGAAUGGAUUUUUUUCUGAAUCUGAACUGACAUACCCCUUAUAUAAAGAAACACAAUACAAGUGCAAACAAGGUUACUUAACAGAAGAUGGUCAGACAUCAGGAAAGAUCACGUGUCUGCAGCGUGGAUGGUCCGCUCACCCCAGGUGCAUUAAAUCUUGUGAUAUGCCAGUGCUUGAGAAUGCCAGAGCCAGAAGUGGCAGCACGUGGUUUAAGGUCAAUGACAGGUUGGACUAUGAGUGCCAGGAUGGAUAUAGAAAUGAAGAUGGACGCACCACAGGCUUCAUAGUGUGUGGUCACAGUGGUUGGUCUGGUACACCCUCCUGUCACGAAAAGGAAUGCAUUGUUCCUGAUAUAGAUCAAACAAUAGAUGUUCAGCCCAAGAAAGAGAAAUAUUUCAUUGGAGACGUGUUGAAAUUCUCCUGCAGACAAAGACUGAAACUUGUUGGACCAGAUUCAAUUCAGUGUUACAACUUUGGGUGGUCACCAGAUCCUCCAACAUGUAAAGAGGAAGUGAAACCAUGUGGUCCACAUCCUCAGCUCCCCAAUGGGAAAGCUACAAACACCCCUAAAGAAGAACAUGAACACGGUGAAGUUGUGGAGUACAUCUGCAACCCCAGGUUUCUGUUGAAGGGUUCUCGGAAAACUCAGUGUGUUGAUGGGGAGUGGACAUCCUUGCCCCAGUGUAUCGAGGAGGACAGCACAUGUGAAGUCAUACCUCACAUCGUUCACGGCACCAUCGAUUCCCAGGAUCGUCCCUAUCACCAUGGAGAGUCUGUGCAGGUCACCUGCAGAGAAAGGUUCACAAUGGUGGGGCCUAAAUCAGUUACAUGUUUGAAGGGAAAGUGGACCCAACCACCUGAGUGCAUUGAAACAGGUAACAUUAAGACAUGUAAAUUACGAAGGUCACUUGAAUAUAAGACAGCCGGGUCAUAUAAGGUUGACUAUGACCAUAAUGAGCAAGUGAAUUACAUAUGCCGAAGAAGGUCAGAACAGAAACACUCAGUCUGUGUCAAUGGAAGAUGGGAUCCCGAAGUGAACUGUGGAGAAAUACCAAGAUGUGCACCCCCACCUCAGAUUCCCAAAUCUCAAAAUAUGAUGACCACAGUGAAUUAUCAGGAAGGAGAAACAAUCUCUAUUCUCUGUCAAGACAAUUCUCUGAUUGUGGAAGCAAGAGACCUCGUGUGCCAGGGUGGAAUCUGGAAGUCAGUCCCACGCUGCAUUGAGAAAACACCGUGUCCUCAGCCACCUUAUAUAGAACAUGGAUCUGUAAAUUCCUCCCGAUCAGAAGAAGAAAGAGAAGAAACAGUGGAGCCCAAGCUCUAUCCACAUGGCACUAAAUUACAUUAUGUUUGUGAAGACGGUUUCAAGAUAACUGGGCAUCAUGAGAUAACAUGCCACCUGGGGAGAUGGAGUUCCCCACCUCAGUGUGUAGGACUUCCUUGUGGACCACCACCUUCAAUUUCCAAUGGGGCUGCACUGAACAGGAAAAGGAGAUAUGAGUAUGGAGAAGAAUUUAUGUACCACUGUGCCCGAGGAUUUUCACUUCAUGGGCCUGCAUCUGUGAUAUGUUCAGGAGGAAAAUGGAGCCCUCCCCCAGAAUGCAUAAAAACAACUUGUCCUUCCCCACCCAGCUUUGAUAAUGCUGAACCUAUAAAUGUAAACAAGAACAGGAAAGUGUAUCAGUCAGGAGAUGAAGUAGCUUACAGAUGUCGACAGCCCUACCAAAUAGAUGGAUCCAAUGUUGUUCGCUGUAUGACUGGCAGAUGGAUAGGGACGCCCACAUGCAGAGAUAACUCCUGUGGGAAUCCUCCCAUAGUCAAAUAUGCCACUAUACAAAACAGGAUGACUCGGUAUCAGUCUGGUGACAGAGUACGUUACGAAUGCAUGAAAUCGUUGGACCUAUUUGGGGAUGUAGAGGUGACCUGUCUGAAUGGGAAAUGGACAGACCCACCUCAGUGCAAAGAGUCCAGAGGAACAUGUGGGCCCCCUCCAACCAUCGACAAUGGGGACAUCACCACAUUCCCAUCAGCCGUCUAUGCUCCAGGAGCCUUGGUGGAGUACAAAUGCCAGGCCUACUAUAAACUUCAGGGAAACAGGUUAAUAACAUGUCGUGACGGAGAGUGGUCAGAACCACCCAAAUGUUUAGAGGCAUGUGUAAUAUUAGAAGAAAUGAUGGAAAAACAUAAAAUACAGUUAAAAUGGAGUAAUGAGAAAAAAGUUUAUGCUAGAACAGAUGAUAGUCUUGAGUUCACCUGUCGACCUGGGUAUCAUGCAAAGUCACCAAAUCCCACAUUCCAGGUAACGUGUCGGGCAGGAAAACUGACAUAUCCCACUUGUGAAUAAAAUGAUGGUUAUAUUGUAGUCAGCAAAUUAAAAUACACAUUCAUUCAUUUAGAAUUAUUUAUAUUAAUCCAAUUCUCUAUUUUUCAAGUACAGUUUAACUCAUUGUUCUUCAUAAUCAGAAUUUAUAUUGAUAUCAUUAUAAUGUGAGACCAAUAAAUCACUCUGAAAGGGAUCUCAUUAAAAUGUGGCAAACCACCA